AAUAACUCGCAAUCAAUACGUUAUAAAAUUGAAAUUUCAGUUGAAUAAUACAUUAGUAAAAUUAUCAUUUUGGACACUAUGCAAAAAGUAUUAAUUGUAUUGCAGUUGAUUAAAUAUAUAGUAGCGGAGAUGGACAUUAUAGAUCCUAACAUUUUGAGUAAUGAAAACAAAGAGCUAAUAUCCCACGGAAAAUUAUUUGAUAUCCAGAAAUAUCCAUUCAUGGUGUACAUUGAAUCAACAAUAUAUGCUGAAAAUUCCCUCAGUAUGUGCACGGGGUCGUUGAUUUUACCACUAUUUGUGUUAACCGCUGCUCAUUGCAUACACGGAGCUGAUAAAUAUGAUAUAGUGGUGUUCCGAUAUAUUAAUAUGCGUAGAGAGUCUAUGAGAUAUGUUAAAAACAUAUAUCCACAUGAAUCAUAUGAUCAGUAUGCAGGAAUAAAUGAUAUCAGUUUAUUGAGGAUAGAAUAUUCGUUCAAGGAUGUGAGCCAUUAUAUAAAUUUGUCUGGUCAUCCAAAUGAAUUUAGUAAUGGAACGAGUUUGAAUUGUAUAGCUAUUGGGUAUGGCCAAACUGAUAAAUCAACGAAUUCUGAACGUUUUGGAUAUAUGACUAACUUAAGUAUUUCGUAUGGCCAUAAAAAUUGUUUAUUUCACAUUGUUACAACAACAGAAUUCUCAUCAAAAAUGAUUUUGUGUUCAAAACCAAAUAUUCGAAAUCCAUGUCCUGGUGACAGCGGUGGACCAUUGAUUUGUAAUGGAUAUUUAUAUGGAAUAGCUAACUUCAUAUACAAUGCAAAUAAUCCAGAAGACACGAAAUGUGGAACUCCCCAUCUCCAAUCUGGAUAUUUAUUUGUUUAUUUUUAUAGAGAUUGGAUAUCCAAUACUAUUUUAAAUACGGGAAACUUAAUUAAACAGUAUGAUAAAUUGUUCAAUAUUUCAGAAAUGCUAGAUUCAAACAAAAAUGUUUCUGAUUCGCAAACCAUCCAGUUUAUUGAACUUAAAUUUAAUUUAAAGCAAGUAUCCUCUCUAAUCACUGAGCUUAAGGAUGAAAACUCUAAACUUGGUAAUAUAUUGGAAAUGCUUAAGGGUAAAAUAAUCACUAUGGCAUGUUCUACUUCCUCAAAUCAAUCGUAUGAAGUUGUUUCACUAGUUUUACAUGAGACAUUUGAACGUGAUCGUUGCUGGACAAACAUGAUUGCGUAA